AUGUCAACGAUGACUGGUCGUCUGUGUGUGUCCCAGGCGAUGCAGCGCGGUGCCAUGGUGUUCGCGAGGAGAUGGUACCAGGUGCCCGUCUCGAGAAGGAAAAUGAUACCAGUGUAUCCACCAUUGGAGAAACCCCCAUUGAAACGUGGACCGUUGUUACGGAAAGUGAGUAUGUUGGAGUUGGAUUCGACACUCGAUAGGGACCGCUGGAGGCGGUCCCUGCUGGCUAAGAGGGCGCGCAAUGACGCACCACAGCAACAGCAAGCCACUCCGACGGUGGCUGUGGGGGAUGUUGUCCGUGUAGUGUACAAUAGGGCCAAGUGUGCGUUUGAUCCCUUUGUUGGGUAUGUACUUGGGGUGAACCGGAAAAGGGUUGUGCAGGAUGCGUCGCUGUUGUUGAGGAACGCGGUGGCUAAGACGGUGGUGGAGACUAGGGUCCCCAUCUUUUCACCAUUGGUGGAAAGAAUUGAAGUGUUGAAGAAGAGUGAUGGUAAGAGAGCAAGAAAUAAACACUACUAUAUACGUGGGACGAAAUUGGACGUUAAUAACUUGGAGGCAAGGUUGAGGAAGAAGAAAUGA